AUGCUUCUCCGUCUGCCCACCAGCUUACAUUACCCGAUCACCGUAACGUCGCUGCUCAAGCAGCCCGGCGAUACGGUUGAGAGGGACGAGGCUCUAUUUUGGUAUGUCUACCAGACUACCGUCACCGAGGGUGAUGGACUGGGGAACAAAGUUGAAGUGCAACGAAAGUUCCCGACCAGAUUCGAAUCGACUGUUGAUGGAGAGAUCCUAGAAUGGAAAAUCCAAAAGGGAGAUAUCAUAGAUGAACCGGUCAAUGUUGUCGAAAUCGAUGAGCCGUGCGCGCACGAGAUCCAGUUUGGAGGACUUUGCGCGGAGUGCGGGAAGGACAUGACCGAAUCCACAUACAACACCGAGGUUGCGGAUUCAAUGCGUGCUCCGAUCUCCAUGACCCAUGAUAACACUACACUUACCGUCAGUCAACGGGAGGCAACCCGCGUCGAAGAAGAUGCGAAACGCCGGCUACUUUCGUCGAGACGUUUGACGUUGGUGGUGGAUCUCGAUCAAACCAUUAUUCAUGCCACCGUUGAUCCCACAGUGGGGGAAUGGAAAGAAGAUAAGCAAAAUCCAAAUCACGAAGCUGUGCGGGAUGUGCGACAGUUCCAGUUGAUCGAUGAUGGUCCUGGGAUGCGUGGAUGCUGGUACUACAUCAAGCUGCGACCAGGACUCGAGGAAUUCUUGCAAAAUGUGGCCGAGAUCUACGAAUUGCACAUCUACACCAUGGGUACUCGUGCGUAUGCCCAGCAUAUUGUUGAUAUCAUUGAUCCCACCCGCAAACUUUUCGGAGAUAGAAUUCUCAGCCGUGACGAGAGUGGUAGCUUGACGGUCAAGGAUCUUCAGCGGUUGUUCCCGGUGGAUACAAAGAUGGUGGUGAUUAUUGAUGAUCGUGGUGACAUCUGGCGGUGGUGCCCCAAUCUGAUUAAGGUCUCUCCUUACGACUUUUUCGUCGGAAUCGGUGAUAUCAAUUCUAGUUUCCUUCCAAAGAAGCAAGAUAUUGGAGCAAACAAGCCUAUUGAGGCAAAGGCGCCCGAGAAGACUGACGAGCAUCAUGUCAACGGUAAAACGCAAGAAGGAACAGAAGUAUCGGCAUUAGAGCAAUUGGUGACUAUGGGGGGUGGAGACAGCCCGAGGCUUCUUCAGGAGCAGACCGAUGCACAAGAAGAAACGAUAUUGCACCAGGUGGAAGAUCGACCAUUGUUACAGAAGCAAAAGGAGCUGGAUGCAGAAGAUAGUAUUGCUGAAAGUAGCGAUGCAUCCUCUAUGGUCGAAGAUCCCCAGGAGCAUGCGAAACAUCGCCAUCACCUACUUGAGGAUCACGACCAAGAGCUCUUCCAGCUGCAAGACCGACUUGAACAAGUGCAUCUACAAUUUUAUGAGGAAUAUGAUAAGAAGCGGACUCUCGCUCUCGGGGGUCGGGUGGCAGCUCUGAGGGGUGAGAAGGUGCACUCGAAAGAUAAAGACGUGGAUCUCAAACUGGUUCCCGAUGUCAAAGAUAUCAUGCCGCAGAUCAAACGGCGUAUCCUUGGAGGGGUAGUAUUAGUAUUUUCAGGUGUCCUUCCUCUGGGAAUGGACUUCCAAAAUGCCGAUAUCUCCCUUUGGGCGAAGAGCUUUGGUGUAACAAUCUCAUCAAGGGUAAAUGCUCGCACAACUCACCUCGUGGCUGGCCGCAAUCGCACCGCCAAAGUAAGAGAUGCCACUCGCUACCCCAACGUCAAGAUCGUGACAACACAAUGGCUCGUCGACUCGCUGGUUCAAUGGAGACAAAUGGACGAAGAACCAUAUCUUCUUCCCCUUCACCCAGACGACCGAGGCGAACCCCUUACCCCGGCCGAGCUGGAACUCGAGCACUCCAUACUCUCAUCCACAGACGAGGACAUGACGGGAUCCCAAUGGACCCAAGAGGAUGAUGCCGAGGACAUCUUCAAAUCAUCCGGUCUGGACGAGACAUCACCCGUCGGGUAUGAUGCCGACGAGCAAGCCGCCGUGCACGACGAAUUAAAGGACUUCCUGGGUAGCGACGACGAGAGCGAAAGUGACACGGAGUCAUUAUUAGACGAACCAUUCACAGCAAGCAAGAAGCGCAAACGUGGCGAUGGGACUGAAAGCGGAACCGACGAGGAAGAAUCCGGAGACGACAACGAAGACGACCACGACAAGCAAGGCUCCAGGCUGUCCCAACGCAUCAAACGCUCUUACGAGCGCAACACCAAGCUACGAGAAAUCACAUCAGCCCCUGCCCCCGGCCUUAACCUGCCAUCUUCAGACCGUCCACAGGCCAUCUUAGAUGGAGAAUCUGAUUCCGAAACUGUGGGAACCAGCAGCGCCCCGAAAUCCAGCUAUCCCGAGGAUCCAGACGAUGACGAGGACGAGCUCGAACGGGAAAUGCUGGCUGCGUUUGAGGGCGGUGGAUAUGACUCUCAAGUGGAGGCGGAUGCUGCUGCUGAGAAUGGAUAG